AUGCUUUACAGUCGCAUAUUUUAUUGGUUGCUCAUCUAUUCUCGGGAACAGAAUUACGAUUUCCCCAACAAUCUGGAAGAUUACGUCCAUCGUAUUGGCCGUACAGGACGUGCUGGAAUGGAAGGAACAGCAUAUACCUAUUUCACGACUGAGAACGCUCGAUCUGCUCGCGAACUCGUUACCAUACUUCGAGAGGCGAAAGCCGAUGUUCCGUACGAGCUCGAGGAAAUGGCCCGUAUUAGUGGUGGUGGCGGUGGUCGAGCAGGUCGUGGGGCUCCGAGAGGACGGGGCGGAGGUGGAAGUCGUUUUGGAGGCGGUAAUGCUAGGGGAGGCUACAGUGACCGCUGGUAG